AUGGAUGCGCCACUCCCAACAUCUAACCGCGCUGUCGUCUGGGCAGGCGCACGAAAACUCGAGAUCCAGCAACGACCUGUUGUUCCUCCUAGCGACACUGAAGUCCUAGUUGAGAUUGUCGCGACUGGUAUCUGUGGCUCCGACUGCCACAAUUGGGAAAGCGAUAAGGUCUCCCGUCAACUUGUUUUGGGGCACGAGUCCUCGGGAGUCAUCAUCAAGGUCGGAAAAGAUGUAAAGGACAGAACAGUAGGGCAAAGAGUAGCGGUCGAGCCCGGAUUUGCCUGUAUGGAUGGUUGUGGACCGCUUGGUCUCCUAAUCCUUGCGGUUGCCAAAGCCUACGGUCUGAAGAAGAUUGUCAUGUUUGACAUCGAGGAGUCACGAACAAAGUUCGCAGAGUCUUAUGGUGCCGAUGUUGGCAUCGUCACACCAAAGAACAGUGACCCGUCGAAGGAUUCUUUGACUUUUUCGCAAGAAUAUGCCAAGGAGAUUGUCGACAAGUACGAGCUUGGCCAAGGCUUCGAUGUUACGGUUGAGGCCAGCGGCGCCGAGAUCUGCGCCCAAAUGGCGAUUUGCAUGCUCAAGUCCGGAGGUACAUGUAUCCAAGCCGGUCUAGGCAAACCCCUAACCUCUGUUCCACUAUUUCUGCUCACAGCUAGGGAGCUCAAUAUUAAAGGAACCGUUCGUUACACUCCGGGCUGCUUCGCCGAUGCUAUCAGUCUUCUAGCAAGGAAGAAGGUCGAUCUAAGGCCAUUAAUCACAUCCACAUAUCCCUUGACGGAGGCGGGCAAGGCAUUUGAGGCACAACACGCAAGGAAAGACAUCAAGAUUGUGAUUAUGAAUCAAAAAUAG